AUGGCGUUUGGCGAAGUGAACAACAUCUCCGAGAUCGUCCACCAGUCUCCGCCUGUGGACACUAGCAUCCCAUACGACCUCGCCAGCCUCGCCGGCAAGACCAUUCUGAUUACCGGCGGCGCCUCAGGCUUCGGAGCAGCCUUUGCUCGCAAAUGGGCUCAGCACGGCGCCCACAUUGCCGUUGGCGACAUUGACGACGCGGCGGGCGAGGCCCUCGUGGCCGAGCUGCGCACCACCAUACCCGGCGGCAAGUAUCACCACUACCACCACUGUGACGUGACCGACUGGCAGAGCCAGGUAGCCUUUUUCCGCACCGCCGUCGAGCGUAGCGCCACGGGAGGCAUCGAUGCCGCCGUGCCCAACGCUGGCAUCUCCGAGAAUGAGACGCCGGCGGGAAACCGCGGACACGAGUGCCCAGAGCCGGCACCAGGCAGUCCGUCCGACGUCAUUGCCGAUCCCAAGCCGCCUCGGUUGCACGUGAUCGGCGUGAACCUUACAGGCGUGCUCUACUCGGUGCAUCUGGCGCUGUAUUGGCUGCCGCGGAACACAAAGGCCGGCGCGGCCAAGUGUGACCGCCACCUCCUCCUCAUCAGCUCCAUAGCCGGCAUUUUGGGGCUGCCCGGCCAGGCUCAGUACACGGCCGCCAAACAUGGCGUGGUCGGCCUGUUUCGCGCUCUGCGCGGCACCGUCUACCGCCAGGGCAUCCGCGUCAACAUGCUGUGCCCGUACUUUGUCGAGACCAACAUCGUGCCCGCGACCGGCAAGCUGCUGCUAGCCGGUGCCAGCAAGGCCACCGUUGCCGACGUCAUCGAUGCCGGCACCCGCUUCAUGGCUGACGAGGCCGUUCGCGGCCGUGCCCUAGCCAUUGGUCCCCGGGCCUUGCUCGAGGGCGACGAGGACCACUUCAAGGUCGUCAGCAAGGCAGGGCCGGACGUGCGGGAGAAGGCCGUGUUUGAAUGCUAUGCCCACGACUUUGAGAACUGCGAGGUGUUUGUGCUGCGCUACACCCGGCUGAUCAAUUACCUGACUUUGCUGCGCGGUUGGCUAGGCUAG